CCCCCACAGUGGAUUUGCCACCCCCUAAGCCCAGCAGCACCGAGGAUGAGCGUGGCACCGGCCCCGACUCCCAGAGCUGCAACGGUGCCGCUGCCACCCCCCCUGAGCCUGAGGAGCCCCCCCCAGCCCUCCAGGACCCAGAGCCCACUGUGGACGAGGCCGCCCCCAGUUAUCCUCCGGACUUUGAGAAGUUCUGGCGGGCGGCACGCGACAACCCCCACGACUUCACUGCCUGGACCGAGCUGCUCCAGUACGUCGAACAGGAGAACCACCUGCCGGCUGCCCGUAAGGCUUUCGACGCCUUUUUCUCGCACUACCCGUACUGCUAUGGCUACUGGAAGAAGUACGCUGACAUGGAGCGCCGCUUCCACUGUGGCCCUGAGACUGAGGAGGUGCGUGGGAUUCCGGGGGGGGCUGCCUGGGAGGGUUUGGGGGGUAAACAUGGAUUUUGUCGCAGUUUUGGGGUGCUCCAUGCUGCUUUUGCCAUGAUUUUGGGGUGCUAUGCGCUGAUUUGGGGUUGAUUUUGCCAUACGAUAUUGGGGUCCCCAAGGUGUUUUGGGGUGCUACACACUGCUUUUGCAUUGAUUUUGCCCUAAUUUGGGGAUCCCUGAGUUUUUUUGGGGUGCUACACAGUACUUUGGCAUUGAUUUUUGCUAUGAUUUUAGGGUUCCCGUGGCAUUUUGGAGUGCUACAUGCUGGUUUUGUCACAAUUUUGGGGUGCUACACGCUGCUUU